AAGUCUAAUAAAUUUUUAGACAAUUUUAUGAGCAAGAUUAUAAAUUCUAUUUUUAAUUCUGUUUUUAUUGUUUAAGGCUGCUUUCCUUUUAGUAAACAGUCGACACAAGCAUCAUUCUAACCUUUCCUGGUAUUCAAUAAGUAACAAAGUAGAACGACGCUCAUUUAACCUUUAAAUACUUGCGUAUAUCAAAACUAUGUGAUUUGACAUUAUUUUUCAAUGCUUUUGAAAGACAUUUUUUUAAAUAUUGCAAACGAUAUGGACGUAGAUGCUUCUAUAGCAGAGCGCUUGCAGAAACUGAAACAAUGGCAGAUGCAGCAACAGGAGAGAUUGUUAAAGCAACAGCAGAUACAAAGGGAGAUUUUAAAUAACGAGCAGGAUCGUAUUUACAAAGUGCUCGGCUUGCCAGGGCACGAUUUUGACAUUAUUGUUGAAAAUACUAAGAUUGGCUACUACCCAACCUUAGAAAAUACUGAAGACAUGUGCGUUACGCACGAGACGGAGGUGGAUGUACAGGAAACAAUGUUCGAUAAAACUUCAAAGCUUCAAUGUGACACGAACAAUUCGGAUGGUAUAUUAAAAAUGAUAAAUAAAGGAAUAUCAAUGGAUGUUAGUCUAUUGUACAAAGAUUGCAACAAAGAGCAAAGAGACAAUUCAGAUUGCACUUCCAUAAUUGCCGAUGAAAGUAGAAUUUCUAUGAAGGAUUACAGUUCCGAUAUAUUAUCGCAGAGAAAAGAAUUAAAUAAUUUGUUGAUAGAAGAUACAAAGCCGCUAUCGUUGAAUAAUAGUUCGAAUAAAUGUGUCUCAAUCGAUGACAUUCUUCUUCCUUCACCUAAAAAAGAUUUUCAGACAUUACUGGAAGAGAAAUUGAAGAAAGAGUCAGAAAUUACAUUAAAUGCGCAUACCAACGCGAAGAUUAAAUCAAAGAAGCCAUUCCUCAAGAAAGGCCAAGGACUGUUAAGAUUUAAAAUGUCUACAAAUUCACAUUCUCCGAUAACAAUUACGAAGAGACAUAGCGUGCCUUUAUCUUCUAAUAUACAACGUACUGAUAGACAUGAUAAAAGCAGAAAAUCUGUUGUACAUAAAUAUGUGUCUCCAAAAAGUCUAGAUAAUGUUUUUGAUGCAAAUGGAAAGCGACAGUUAAACUUAAAAACUGUUCCAUUACCGAAAAAGGUUUUUAGUAAAUCUGUUAUUCCUGCUAACCGAACGUGUAAUGUUACUUCUAAUCAAUCGAAAUGCUUAUCAGAAAUAAACACUUCAGAUUGCGAUUCAAAAGCAGAAAAAGAAUUAGAAGAGGUAAGAAUAUUUGAAUUCUUGGAAGAAAAAGCGGAAAACUCUAGUUUCUGCUCGACAUCAAGCACAGUACUCGCAUUUUUGCAGCAAUCUACGCCAUUUAAAAUAAAAAACAUAUUAAAUCAAACAAGAGAAAAGAAUAGUAUUACGUCAAAUAAGAAACAGCAAAAUGAUGAACGAACAAGUGAUGUGAUAGAGCAGAAGUCAAAGGUUCAACAAGUUGCACACUCAGAAAAUUCAAACUUAAGUAUACAGCGUCAAAUCAAGCAAAUUGAGCCUUGUAAACGUCCUCAUGCUAUCACUAUUGAUUCCUACUGGAACACCGUAGAUAGUCCGCCAGAAGAGAUACAGAAUUUGAUACCUACUAAUCAAAUAUUGCAAAAUAGCGAGAUACACACAAAUCAUUCAGAGAAUCAUGUAACAUCUGUUGUCUCAGUAUUGUCGAAUAGUGAUGAAGAGAGAGAUGACCUCAUUUCUAUGGGAGAUGAUCGUAAUUUAACACAUGAUAGCGAAGCGGAUGUUAACCACCAUGUUAGAUUUUCAGAAUAUAACGAAUAUAGAACCAUAGAUUCAAGCGACAUGUCCGAUACGGCGAGUAGUUCUUUGAAAGAUUAUCUGGACCAACAAAAUUGGAACGAUCAUUUCUACGACACGUUGGAAUCGUCUGACAUCAAGAAAAAUCUGUCACUUAAUUAUGAGGAGCAAAUACACGAUUCCUCUUUGAAAAUUGUCAAUAAUAAGAGAAUAACUACAAGGCAAUCACUUUUACAACAAGAUGUAACGAGGCAUAACAAGGAUUCAUGUAAUCAUUUAAUGGAAACUGUAUGUGUUUCCGACGAAAAGAAAAGUGCUUCAAGUUAUAAAGACAAAUUGCCUGACAAUAAAACUUGCUACGAUAAUGAAUGUAUCUCGAUAAUUGAAGAAAUGGUUGAAACAUCUGAUGAAGAGCGGUUUAUCCUGUCGUCGCCGUUGUCGUUAUCAGCAUUAUCGUUGCCAGAUACUCGAGAGGUAGAUGAACAUGAAAGAAAAAAGUAUGUAUUGAAAAAUGAGCCGGAAAAUAUAGCAGAAAAGAUAACGGAAGUGUAUACGAAAGUAGGAGAGAUUGGGUUUUAUCCAUCUAAGGAACACACAUCUCAAACGAAUAUAUUCGAGACGGAGCUUUUGAAAAGUCGUUUAUUAGAACUUGAGAAAGAAAUAAAUAUAUUUCGCAAGGAAAGUUCAGCUUUAUUACUACAGCGCCGAAAGCUACAAGAGAACGAAACAAUUCUGCGUAAACAGUAUGCGGAGAAAGAAAAUAAUUUUGAAGAAACUAAAAGAAGAGUACAAAAUCAAUUGGAAGAAGAGAAGAAGAGAGUAGCGCGUGAGAAGAUAGCAAUGGAAAAUAGAAUUCGCGACGCUCAGGAGAAGGCGAGGCAAAAUAAAAUAGAAAGGCAAACGACACAGAAUCUGCAAGAACAAUUGGAACAACUGAGAGACGAACUAAAUAUCAAAGAAAGUAGAUGGAGUGCCGCUGAAUCAAGAUAUAAAAGCGAGCUUCGUGUGUUACGGGCAGAAAUUUCAAAGUUGAAACAGGAAAUUGCGAAUCUACAGAAUACUAAGAGAAUAAACGUCAGAAAUUUUAAGAAAAGCACAGGACAAGUAAUCACGAAAGCUAUUAAUCAAAUUAACAAACGCAUUAUUGUGGCUCCGUCCAAAGAAACGUCAACAAAUAUGCGACAAGAUUUGUUGAAUACUUUUUCAGAUACUUCCGUUUAUGACGAUAACGAUGAAGAUAAGAACGAAAAUAAAGAAGAGUUAAUUAUGGAAACAAUUAAUGUAAAUGAUGGCUUCGGACAAAUAGAGGAUGAUGUAACUAUAAAUAAAGUAAAGCACAAACAAGCUGAUGUUGAGUUACAGGCUAAAUGCAAUCAGAAAUUCUCGGAAGGAAACAUCAUGAAGAAAAAGCGGUAUUUAUAUGAAAAUUUACGGAAAGACGCAACGUUGGAUUUGGAAGAAAAUCAAAAUCCAUUUUAUAUGGAGUCAGAAAUAUUAAGCGAUUCUCAGCCAAUAGUUACGCAAAUACAGAAUUUAAAUGCAAAAAGUACUCACAACUCUUGUUUUAGUUCCACAAACAAAAAUUUUGAACAUACAACGGUUUGUGUUGCGAAUAAUACCAAGUAUUAUACUAACAGAACAAGUGAAGUGAAUCAGGAUUUGGAUGAAAAUGAUAUAAGAUUAGAAAAAGAAAAAGAAAAAGAAAAACAUAUAUUAUCGCCUGAGAAAAAUUCAAGUUUGCAUUCCUCCUCUUGCCAGAGUCCGAUUAAUAAGAUAAGCAUGGACACUGUAAAACAGAUGCAGUUUUCUGAUGGACGUAUAGAGUACUGGUAUUCAAAUGGCAAUGUCAAAAAAAUCUUUCCCGAUCAGGAAGUCACAAAAAUGAUAUAUUACAACGGUGAUGUUCGUGAAACUGACAGAAAUAAACAAAUCAAAUAUUUUUACGCCGCAACUCGAACAUGGCAUACAACGACUCCUGAUGGCUUAGAGAUUUUAGAAUUUCCUGAUGGUCAAGUAGAAAAGCGUAUGUUAGAUGGCACAGUUGAAGUAUUAUUUCCGGAUGGAACGAUAGCGCAAACUUUUAUUAACGGCGACAAGAUUUUGUCCUUACCAAAUGGCCAAAGAGAAAUUCAUACAAAAGAAUACAAGAGACGAGAAUAUCCUGAUGGUACUGUAAAACUAGUUUAUACGGAUGGUACCCAAGAAACACGUUACUCCAGUGGAAGAAAACGAUUAAAAGAUAAAGAUGGCAAUCUUUUGAUGGAUUCAUACGACAUAUAAAAUUUUCCAUUAAUAUUUUAAAAUAGAAUUUACUAUAAACGAAUUAAAUAUAUAUAUAUAUAUAUGAAUUAUAAAAAUAUGUUGGUAUAAUGUUAUUCACAGUUUAUCACAGUGACUGAGACAUUGUAAAUGAUUGAUGUAUUGUAAUUAUUUUUAUAAGAAUUUAAUGCUAAUUUAUAAGAAGUGAAUAAAGCAAGACUGAGAAUUUUA